AAAUUUUGUAAUGUUAUGAUUCACCUUGGAGCUGGUUGGUUUGGUUCAUGGCUUAGAAGUCUUCUGUGAAGGAUUUUAUGAAAAGCCAAUGGAAAAAAUGAAUUGGAAAAAUACUUGCGGAACCCAGACUGCUGAUAGAGCAGCAACAGCCCCCUCUUGUGUUCAUUCAGAAAAUCAACUCGUUCCAGCAGCAGCAGUACACAUGGGACAAAAAGUAAUCCAACCAGCUAUCCAGAUAGUUGUGAUGGUUUUAAAUCUUUCACAAUGUCUGAAAUGCAGCUGAAAAAGAUGGAGGACAUUUCUCGCGGGCCGAUUAAAACGGACGAGGAGAAGGAAAACGGACGAAGUCUUCUGCUGGUGGACGAAAACGAAAACUUGCAGGUAAAGAACGAGGCCCAUUUUUUGCAAAAGUUAGGAUGCAGCGCUGCGCAAGGAGUCAAAGUGCUUUCAAUUUUCGGCAAUACGGGUGAUGGCAAAUCCCACACUCUCAACCACGUGCUGUUUGAUGGCGAGGAGGUCUUUGCCACAUCUCCUUCUCCAACGUCCUGCACAGUGGGCGUAUGGGCUGCUUACGACCCGCACCUGAAGCUGAUAGUGCUGGAUACGGAAGGUCUGCUCGGUGCUGCCAGUCAGCAGAACCGCCGCAUGCGUCUGCUGCUGAAAGUUCUGGCCAUAUCAGACGUGGCUGUGUACCACACGCGGGCAGAGAGGCUGCACAACAACAUGUUUCAGUUCCUUGGCAGUGCGUCAGCUGCUUACCUGAAGCACUUCACCCCUGAGCUACGGGCUCUCUCCAGCCGAUGUGGUCUGGACGUGCCUCUCUCCUGCCUUGGACCUGCUGUUAUAGUUUUCCAGGAGACCUUGCGUACUCAGCUGCUGGGCGAAGAUGGCGCUGUCCCGGGGCAUGCAGACACCAUGCUGCAGAAGCGUUUUCAUGACUUGGGUCAGAGCACAGAUGCCUUCAACUCAGUUCAUUAUGUAGGCACCCAAACCAUCACUCCCCCCACAAACUUCUCCCAGCUACUGCAGAUAGUCAGUCAGCAAGUGAACAACACAGCCACACGAGCCCCACGCCAGCCUGCUAUUGUGUUCAGUGCAUUGCAGGCCUUGAGCAACAGGUUCUGUGGAGAGAUCUCAGAUGACAAAAUCAGCAUAUGCUCCUUCUUUCCUGAUGAAUAUUUCACUUGCCCCUCAGUCUGUCUCAGCUGCAAUGUUCGAUGUAAGAACGGCAUGAACCACCAGAAAGAUGGGGCCCCUCACAUGGCUGAUGGACUAUGCCAGUAUGCCCACCAUUACAACAAUAAAGUUCUCAUCUGCAAGAGGUGUUAUGAGAGUGGAAGGGAAGUGAUUGUCGUUCCCAAAACAUCUGCCUCUGCAGAUAAUUCAUGGCUUGGACUGGCAAAGUUUGCAUGGUCCGGCUAUGUUUUAGAGUGUGCCAGCUGUGGCAUUAUCUACCGGAGUAGACAGUACUGGAUGGGGAACCAGGAUCCAGAGAGCAGUGUGGUACGGCCUGAGGUCAAGCACGUCUGGCAGGGGACUGAUAUCUUCCAGACAGACCAUCAGAAUGCAGCUCAGCGGGUUUUGGAUGGAAUGACUUAUAUAAUUCAGUCAGUGACGGAAUACAGCUCAGGCCCUACCAAAGCUGUCACUGCCUGGCUCACAGACCAGGUGGCGCCACCCUACUGGAAACCCAACACUGAAAUCCUUGAAUGUCAAGGCUGUAAGCGAGCGUUUGAGGAAACAGAAAGGAAACACCACUGUCGGGCAUGUGGAGAGGGUUUCUGUCAGGCCUGCUCCAUCCACAGCAUGCCCGUACCUGAGAGGGGCUGGGGUGGCACCCCUGUACGAGUGUGUGAUGCCUGUUACCGGCAAGGAGGAGCACUACACACUGGACAGGUGGUCCCAAUGUGGAAUGUUGGCUGGUUUGCUGAGCUGAGACAAUACAUUCUCUCCCCUGCAGUUGCCCAGACGGAACCUCGAACACUAGUCGCCCGGAGAGUGACAGAAGUAGCUCAGUCCACUCUUGAUAUGGUCUCCACCGCAGUGGACUACCCCCUUUGUUUUAUGAAGGGAGUUGUGAGACCAGAAUAUUGGGUUCCGGAUCAUGAGAUCACCCAGUGCUACUGUUGUAAUAAGCCCUUCACCCCCAGCAUGUCCAAGCAUCACUGCCGGGCUUGUGGGCAGGGAGUCUGCGGGAACUGCUCAACUAAGACCAGGCCCGUGCCCUCCCGUGGCUGGGACCAUCCAGUGCGAGUGUGUGACAGCUGUGCCAACCGGAGGGAUUCCCUUUGACUCUUUUGCAUGCUGGAGACCUUGAUGUGCCUCUGCAGCACCACUCUAAUCACGUGCUGCACGAUUAGCCCUUUAUUUACAUUUCUGUCCUUAUAUAAAUAGUAUUGCCUGUUUCAGAACAAGUUUGUAGAUAGUCUCCAAGCCUUAAAGGGAUAGUUCACCCAAAAAUGAAAAUUCUCUCGUCAUUUACUUACCCUCAUGCCAUCCCAGAUGUGUAUGACAUUCUUCUGCAGAACACAAAGAAAGAUUUUUAGAAGAAUAUCUAGAAGUAUAAUCUUUAAUAAGAAUAUAUAGGAGAAGCUCCAAAAAGCAAACUGUAUGACUGCAGUGGUUUAAUCCAUGUCUUCUGAAGCGAUCCAAUCGAUUUUAGGUGAGAACAAACGAAAAGUAACUAUUUUUUUUAACUUUGCAUCUUGCCAUUGCAGUCUCUAGAUACGAUCAUGAUUUCAAUCUUGAUUACGCUUCCUAGUGCUUGACGCAGAGCGCUAGAUGGCACUAAUAAGUGUAAUCGAGCUUGACAUCAUGAUUGCCAAGGAGACUGCUGAUGAUAUUUAUAGUGAAAAUUUAGCUAAAUUUUGGUCUGUUCUCACCUAAAACGACUGGAUCGCUUCAGAAGACCUGGAUUAAACAACUGGAGUCAUUUGGAUUGCUUUUAUGUGCUUUUUGGAGCUCUAAAGUUUUGGACCCCGCUCACUGUAUGCAUUGCAUUGAAUGAACCUACAGAGCUGAAUUAUUCUUCUAAAAAUCUUUGUUUGUGUUCAACGAAGAUAGAAAGUCAUACUCAUCUGGGAUGGCAUGAGGGUGAGUAAAUGAUGAGAGAAUUUUCAUUUUUGGGUGAACUAUUCCUUUAAACAGUGUAAUUGGAGGCUAGUGGGAAGAUGAAACCUAAUGCAGUUGUACAGAUAAACACUCAGGCUCUUCAAAGCAUUAAGCUGAGUCUCACGAAGAAAUGUCAUAUUUUAUCAUUGAAAUAUAUCAAUAUAAUUGCUUCAAGAAAAUUAAGCCUAUUUUAUGAUUUCAUUACAAUUAAGCAAAUUUUCCAAACAAAUUUGCAUUACUUUAAUGCAAAAACAAUGUAAUUCUCAUUGCUGUAACGUAGUACUGAAAAUUAUUCUGUCUGGACAGGAUACAUAUACUUUAUACUAAUUCUACCAUGUUACAUACUCAUAGUUGCACUUUACAAUUUAAAUAAUAGAUCCUUUUUUCCCAUUACAGUAAUGAGAAUUAGAUUUUUUUGUAUUCCAUUAGGCUAAUGAGGACUGGGGAUGGGAAUGUGCUUGAUUUCAUAAAUGCGUCAAAAUGCAAAAAAUCUUGUUUUUUCCUUAAAGGAAUAUCCUGGGUUCAAUACAAGUUAAGCUCAAUCGACAGCAUUUGUGACAUAAAGCUGAUUACCACAAAAAAUUAAUUUUGACUCGUCCCUCCUUCAAAAAUAUCAAAAAUCUUUGUUCCAGUUAGGCACAAUGGGAGUGAAUGGGGCCAAUCUGUAAUUGUUAAAAUACUCACUGUUUCAGAAGUAUAGCCACAAGACGUAAACAAUAUUGGGGUUAACAUAAUUUUAGUGUGAUAAAAUCGCUGGUCCAAUUCACUUCCAUUGUAAGUGCCUCACUGUAACCUUGAUUUUUGCUUGGUCAGAAUCAAGUUAAAAUUAUUUUUUGUGGUAAUGCCGUCGAUCGAGCUUAACUUUAAACCUGGAAUUUUCUUUAAAGAUAGGCCUUAUUUCUGUAUGAAAAAUAAUUUACAUAUACAGUAUAUUUAAAAUUUUGUGGUGAAAUGUGGCCCAGACAUUGCUAGACAGUUUUUGCAAACUGUAUUGUAGAAUCGCAAAUUCAGAAUGAAAUUAAGAAUUGUGUUUUGACUAUUCUAGUAGCUAUUGACUAGUGCUGGCACUUCAGAAACAAAUCUCUUCAUAAAAGUGCAUUGCUGUAUGUGAUAAUUUGACAUGAUUUAUCCACUGAUAACUCCUUAUCACACUAUUAAGUCAGAAAGUAAGAGCAGUGAAUAAAAGUAUAGAUAACACAUAGUGACUUAUCAUAAGAGCUACUAGAGAUGUGAAAUUUCUCCUAUCUAAUAAUAAAGCUUUUGAAUAUGAGAGAACUUACUUUUAGUUGGUACUGUUUUAGACUUGAUUUCAGGAAAGGAAAAUCAAAUGUAGAGCAGCAGAAAUAGUCAGGUCUGUUGCAAUGAUUCAUACAUAAGGAAGCCUAGAAUUUACAUUCCAGUUAAUGUACUUUAUCGUGUGAUUAAUCCUGUGAGCUAAUAUAUCACAUUGCAUUUUAUCUCAGUUUUACUAUAGUGCUUUUUCUGAAAUUACGACUGCACUUUAUCUCAUCUUUAUUGAUAGGCUUAAUGUUAUUUAGUUUAAAGCCAUAAAAUCUCAUACAAAAAGAUGCAAACUGUACAAUAAGUGCAGCUGUAUAUAAAGUGUAUGAAAAUUGAAUUAUUAAACAGCAUUUAGGGUGCCGAAAGGAUCUCAACUUCACAUAUUGUGGUGUAAACUUGAGAAAUUGUGACGCAUGAUUUCACUAUAUGUGUAUGAUAUUCAAUGCUGAAUUAACACCGUAAACUAAAUGUUGAGUGAUACAACAGGAUUGUACUGUUGAUAUGUACAGCCACCUCUUGUUCAAUGCUCAUAAAAUGGCUUGCAUAAGGCACUUUAUUCAUAUUUGGAUUAAGAGAAUCACUAGGAAUUUCUUAACUACAAGGUUUAUUUUCACAAUUCUGCUUCUAUACUUUGUAACAUUUUUCAUUAAUUUAAAUGUUUUCAUUUUUUUUUUAAUCUAUAAUAGAAUAUUUCAUUGUUCUAGUAAAAUUAUCUGCAUUUGACAAUCCUAUAAUUUUAUUUUGAUUGGCCAGAACUAUUUCUGAGGCUUUUCAGAACAUUAAAGCUAUUUAAGA